ACCAUUUCUCGCAGGUAGCAGAAAUUGUCAGAACACCGGUUCACCGACCAAACCCGGGUUUAACUUCAGUCCGGUUCCGCUCAGCUGCUCAGCCCGGGACGACACGAUGCUCUCUCCGAGGCUGCUGCUGCGCUCGGCCGCGUCCUGGACCAGCCGGUCUCUCUGCACCGGCGCCGGGUCCAAGCCCGGCAGGGCGCCCGACAUGGCCGAGGGAGACCCCUCCUUACACGUGUCCAAUGUGAGGAACCGGCUGAGGGAGAUCGUGGGAGCGUCCACCAACUGGAGCGACCACCAGACGGCCAUGACGGAGCGGGCCUCUCUGUCCUCCAUGCUGGCCCGCUCCCAGACCGACCUCCCGGCCAAGACCAUGAGGGACAGCUACCUGGAGGUCCACCUGCCGCUGGGCUCGGAGCCACAGCUCCGGGAGAAGUACCUGACCUUCCACAACACCGUCAGGUUCGGCAGGAUCCUGGAGGACCUGGACAGCUUAGCAGUCCUCAUCUCCUACUCCCACACCUACAACCCGGCGCUGGCCCGCUCCCCGCUCUCCAUCGUCACGGCGCUGGUGGACAAGAUCGACAUGAGGCAGCACAACAUCCUCCCCGACUGUGACAUCAAGUUCACGGGUCACGUGAGCUGGGUGGGGAAAACAUCCAUCGAGGCAAAGAUGCACAUGUCACAGUACCGGGACGGAGCCUACGCUCCGGUUCUGGACGCCACCUUCGUCAUGGUGGCCCGAGACCCGCAGAACAAGAGGGCGGCGUUCGUGAAUCCACUGAAGGCCGACGGAGCCGAGGACGAGAAGCUGCUGCAGGAAGGAGAAGCUAACAAGUCUCGGCGUGUGGAGCUGAGCCACUCCUCCCUGCUGAAGGUGGCGCCCACCGACCAGGAGAGGAAGGUCGUCCACGGCCUGUUCCUCAACACGCUGGACACCAACACCGUCAGCUUCCGUGGCAGAGUUCUGCCCCCCGACUCCGUGUGGAUGGAGGACGCCAAGCUGAAGGGCCUGGAGAUCUGCCACCCUCAGGAGAGGAACAUCUUCAACCGGAUAUUCGGAGGGUUCCUGAUGAGGAAAGCCUACGAGCUGGGCUGGGCCAACGCCUGCUCCUACGGGGGAUGCCGGCCGAGCCUGGUUGCCGUGGACGACAUCCUGUUCCAGAAGCCGGUGGAGAUCGGAUCUCUGCUGCUGCUCUCGUCUCAGGUGUGCUACACGCAGGGGAAGUACAUCCAGGUCCGGGUUCACAGCGAGGUGUUCGACCCACUGACGCGGCAGCACAACACCACCAACGUCUUCCACUACACCUUCGUUUCUGACCGCGACGUCCCCAACAUCAUCCCCAAGACCUACGGAGAGUCCAUGCUCUACCUGGACGGGAAGAGACACUUCAACCAAACGGUGGAGUCCUGAUGAUCCAGAUGUGCCAGACUGAACCUGCAGCUGCUCGUCUCAUUUUUCUACGUCCCUGUUACUUCCAUCGCACCCUGAGGUGGCCUUGUUUCCACUCGGAUCGCUCCGUUUGGUCCACACUUAAGUCUUCACUAGUCAUUUUUUCAUAUGUAUUAUUUUUCUAUUCGUAUUCUGUUUUUAUCAACAGCUUGAACUCGUCAGCACUUGCAGCUUCGCAGCAGUAACGGGAGGAAACAGAUGAAAUGUUGCUGUUUUUGUUGUAAAUCAUGUUUACAGCACGACUUAUGUCCCUCUGUUGCUUAAAGGCACUAAAAGUUUUAUUUUUUUUAUGUUGCGUCCAAAUCGGUCAGGCUGUUGCAAGAAGGAUGGAAACAAAUGUGUACGUUUACUCAGAUGCAAUAAAGUCUUAUUUAUCUCAA